GAAGUAUGAAGGAUAUUGCAGUGAAACUGACAGUGAAACCAGACAGUCAGCCAAGGUGCUUGAAAGCCAGACCAGUGGCGUACGCCAUUAAACCUAAGGUUGAAGCUGAAUUGGAGAGACUAGUACAAGCGGGAGUACUGCGACCAGUACAUACGAGUGAGUGGGCCACUCCAAUCGUGCCGGUCUUAAAAAAAGAUGGGUCCCUUCGACUAUGUGGCGACUUUAAGGUCACCAUAAAUCCGAUUUUGACCCCAGAGCAGUAUCCUUUGCCUCGUAUUGAGGAUCUAUUUUCCAAUCUCGCUGGGGGUCAACAGUUUAGUAAAAUUGAUCUGUGUCAGGCUUAUUUGCAAAUGCAUGUGGACCCAAAUUCACAAAAAUUCCUUACCAUCGUGACACAUAAGGGAAUGUACCAAUACCAACGUCUCCCUUUUGGAAUUUCCUCUGCACCAGCUCUGUUCCAAAGAGCAAUGGACCAGAUCCUCAGUGGGCUGACCGGGGUGCAAUGUUACCUUGAUGACUUGCUGAUCACCGGAAAGGAUGAUCAAGAGCAUUUAAGUAAUUUGGAAGCUACCUUACAGAGACUGCAGAAUUUUGGACUGAAGGUCAGGAAGGACAAGUGUGAGUUUUUCAGCUCUUCCGUUGAAUAUUUGGGUCACGUGAUUGAUAGUUCUGGACUCCACAAGGCACCCUCAAAGGUGAAGGCAAUAGUAGAAGCGCCAGCGCCUCAGAAUGUGAGUCAGCUUCGGUCUUUUUUGGGGCUGUUGACCUAUUAUGCGAAAUUUGUGCCAAAUUUAGCGAACAGACUGAAACCGUUGCAUGAGCUACUGAACAAAUCCAGUAAGUGGGAAUGGACGAAACAAUGUGAAAAAUCUUUCAAUGAGGUAAAAACUGCCUUAGCCCAGUCUGACGCUCUCACUCACUUCAACCCUGCGCUGCCUGUACAGCUGGCAUGUGAUGCUUCGCCAUACGGCGUGGGGGCGGUAGUGUCACACAUCAUGCCAUCGGGUGAGGAAAAACCCAUUGCUUUCGCGUCACGAACUUUAACCCUCUGGGAACGUAACUAUGCCCAAAUCGAGCGUGAGGCACUUGCUAUAGUGUUUGGGGUGAAGAAAUUUCAUCAAUUUUUAUUUGGAAGACGAUUUACGCUUCUAACUGAUCACAAACCUCUUACUUCUAUCUUCAGCCCAGAUGCAGGUGUUCCUUCACUGGCAGCUGCUAGAAUGCAGCGAUGGGCCCUUCUGCUCUCUGCACAUCAGUACGAUAUAAAAUACAGAAGAUCGGAAAGUCAUGCAAAUGCUGAUGGGCUCUCCCGACUUCCGUUGCCCACUUCACAUCCAGAACCAGCACGUGCAGAAAUUUUCUACUUCAAAGAGGUGGAUAAUUCCCCCGUAACAGCAGCUCAGGUAAAAAAGCACACACGUUCUGACCCAGUGAUGUCUAAGGUGUUGGAUCUUGUGCUCAGAGGUGAAGUAGGAGAGAUGUCGCCUCUGCUAAGGCCGUAUUUGACCAGAAGAAAUGAGUUGACAGUAGAAUCUGGAUGUUUACUGUGGGGCUCGAGGGUCAUUAUUCCACCGCCAUUAAGACAACGAGUACUGGACGAACUUCAUUCAGGACACUGUGGAAUAGUUAGAAUGAAGGAAAUCGCCCGCAGCUAUCUUUGGUGGCCAGGUGUGGACUCUGAGAUUGAGGCAAAAGCAAAAAUGUGCAGUGCAUGUCAAAAAUUGAGAAAUACUCCUCAACCAGCUCCGCUACACCCCUGGCAAUGGCCUGAGGAACCAUGGGUGAGAGUCCAUAUUGAUUUUGCAGGGCCCGUCGAAGACCAUAUGUUUUUAGUUCUUCAGGAUGCCCACAGCAAAUGGCCAGAGGUGGAGGUAAUGAAAAACACAUCUUCAUUGAAAACUGUGGAAGCCCUACGUUCAAUUUUUGGUCGUUUCGGCCUGCCACAGCAACUUGUCAGUGACAAUGGUCCACAGUUGGUCUCGGAGGAGUUUGAGGUUUUCCUGAAGGUCAACGGAAUUCAGCACAUACGAUCAGCACCUUAUCAUCCGUCCACGAACGGCCUUGCUGAGCGUUUUGUCCAGACACUGAAGCAGGCUCUCAAGUCAACGCUGGGUAAGAAUUCACUAAAACAGCGCCUCAACACUUUUCUACUGUCCUAUCGAAAUACCCCUCAUGCCACCACCAGGGUAUCUCCUGCCUACGCUAUGUUUAAAAGACAGCUUCGCACUCGUUUGGAUUUGUUGAAACCUCGACAAACACAACAGACUGUUCAAGCACAACAAAACCUGCAGAGGGAACAACGGUCAAAAGCAAAACAUCGUUGUUCGUUGUUUCAGACCGGGAGACAAAGUGUUGGCUCGUAA